CGUGAUUCAGCCACUGCACUCUAGCCUGGGUGACAGAGUGAGACCCUGUCAACAAAAAAUGAAAACAGGCAGAGAAUGACAAUGGGGCACAGGAGCAUUGCAGAGAGACUAGGGGAGCAGUUGUAAUUUUUAAUAGGAUGGUCAAAGGAGGCCUCAUUGAGCAGGUGGCUUUAAGUGAAGACUUAAAGAAGGUAAUAGAGGUUUCUCCAGGUCUUUUGAGAAAACAGAAUGCAGGCAAAAGAAAAAUGACAGCCAAGUGCCUGAAACAGAGUGGCCAAAGAGAGUAAGGUCAUGGAUGUGACUGGGGGGAUGUCAAGGAGGUGACUGGAGUCUAAGUCAUGGAGAACUUAGAGGGCUGUUAUAGGGAUUUAUAUCUCUUCCUCUGAAUGUGAUUGGGAGUUACUGCAGGAGUUGCACAAAGGAAUGAUGAAAUCUGGCUUUUGUUUUAAAAGGAGCAUUCUGGUUCUCCAUUGAUAAAAGACUAAAGACAUUCUCCAUCCAGAAUACACUGCCAAGAACUGUGAAGCAUCUAAAAGUUUGCCCUACUUGGGGCACUGUUUUGUAAAUGCUGGCAGGUGACACAAACUUCCUGGGUCAAAGACACUAAUUUAUUACUCACUAAACAGGGAGAAAGAUUUUUGUGUUUGUGUCCGUCCUCCUGGCUCCACAAGUCCUACAGAGGAAAUACAGAAAAGCAGAUUAAUGUUGCAAAUGCAACAGAUGUGUGCGGCAGCCAAGGAACCCUGAAUUUAGGGAGCCUAGAUGUUUUAUAAUGUACUGCAAGCAAAGCUGUCUGAAGUUUGCUCCAGACACAGACAUUAUCUUUCUCAUACUGAACAGUAAGCAAACCUGCCCUCCACUUCAGAAGAAAGCAAUAUCUCUAGCUUCCAAGCUGUCCUCUUUACAAACAUCCUUGAAAAGUUAGCAGCAAAGGCUGUCAUUGUCUCUGCUCCUAAAACAUGCAGAAAUGGGAGAGGUCAUGAAGAAUUUUCUCCCAACCAGAAUUAGGAGGAUGUCAUAAUGUAUUGGAUGUAAAGUGAAAGGGGAAAAUAUACUUAAGAAUAACUCCAAGCGUUUUUAUUUGAACAUGUGAAAAGAUGGAGUUGCCAUCCACUAAGUUGAGAAAGACUACCAGUGAAGUGGUUGGGUGGAGAGGGUGGAUAAGGAGUUUGAUCAGAGACAAAAUGAGUUUGAGAUGGCUAUUGGAUGGAAUUCAAGAGACGUUGAAGAGGCCAAUAGAUAUAUAUGUUUUGAGUUCAUAAAGGAGUUUGAGUAAUAAUAUAAAUGUGUUAGUCAUUGGCAGGUAGAUUGAUUUUAAAGCCAUGGGACCAGAUGGGAUAACAAGGGAGUAUGUGUGGAUACAAAUGAGGACCAAUGAUUGGACUCCAUGAAGUGAUCCAAAAUUAAGAAACUGGGUAGAAAAGAAGGGUCCACUGAGGAGACUGAGAAGAAGUAACCAGUGAAGAUAAAGGAAACCAAGACGGUAUUGUCUUGGAAACCAACUGAAGAAAGUCCAUUAAAGGAUGAUCUUUUAAGAUGAGAAGCAAUAAUUGACCAUUGGAUUUAAUAACAUAGAGAUCACUGAUGGCUUUCAAAAGUGUUUCAGUAGAAUGGUACCAGGAAAAUCUCAAUUAGAUAAGAUUGGGAGGGGGUUUGGAGAUAGCAUGUCUGGACAAUCCUUCCAGUGAAUUUUGCUACAAAGUGUUAAAGCAAACUAAAUAUGGCCUGAGAAGGACUCUGUACUUCUUCAUUUGAGUCCUUGUGGGUGAACUGUAACCUACCUUAAUAAUCAGACAAGAUUGAAAACCUAAUCUAGUAGUGUGCACCUCUAACAAUACUUGAGUGUUGGCCAAUCCCAGCAGCCAUACUUCAACCACUCACAGACUGCUGACUGUUCAAACUGUUCAAAUAAGGCAAACGACCAGUUGUAACCAAUCUCACUGUUUCUGUAUCCCACUUCCGGUUCCUGUAUGUCACUAUACCUUUUUUUUUUUGGUCUAUAAAUUGGUUUUUACUUCGAGGCAACCCCCAGAGCCUCUGUGAAUCUGCUGUGAUUCUGAAAGCCGCCUGAUUCACAAAUUGUUCAUUGCUCAAUUAAACGCCUUUAAAUUUAAUUCAGCUGAAGUUUUUCUCUUAUCAGAUGGUGUCAGAAGCAGGAUCUGAAGUGGAGCUUCCAGUAUCUCCAGGAGCACUGAGUAAACACGAAAGGUACCGGCAUGAUCCACUGUGUCCAUUGAUCUCUCAGAGUGGCUGAGGAUCAUAAGUAAGCUCCCUCUCGCAUUUUGGAGCUUCACACAUUUGUGUUUUGAGCUCUCUGAGUUGCUUUGAGCAAAUUUCUGAUCCAAACUGGGUUUGGAGUCACAACGUAAAAUGGACUGGGUCUAGGAACGGAUGUGGUCUUGGAAUUAACCGGCUUGGAUCCAGUUAAAGGCCUCUUACAUCUCACUGGGUCAGAAAGAACUGGUAGUAAGCAGUAACGUUGUAGGAGUUAUAAAAUUUGGCGUUUGAAAAUUCACAGGGAUGUUUGUGUUCUACCCCCUUUGUUUCAUUUUUCUUGUGCACCUAGGUGGGAAAAAAUCAUUGGCUAAGUUAAUCAAGAGAAGCUGAGAGUAAACCCAAUAUUUUAGAUAAAUAUGGGAUUCUUCAUUCCAGCAGGGAGGAAGGGCAUGGGUUUUGGAGUCAUUCAUAUAUGGUUUCAAAAUCUGACUCUGGCAUUUAUCUCUGUAAGAAUUUGAGAAAUUUACUUAGUCUCUCUGAGCUUUGGUGUAUUCCAAAUGAAGACGACACUAACAGUAUCUGCAUCAUGAGUGCUACUUCAAUGGAAAUGUAUAAAGUGCAUUUUACACAUUUGUUCUCUUACCAUUUUCCCUUCACUUCUUUUCAGAGUUUCUUCUUGAAGGGCUCAAGGACUGAAGCAUCCCACAAUAUGAUCCUACUGAAUAACUCCCAGAAGCUGCUGGCCCUAUACAAAUCCCUGGCCAGGAGCAUCCCUGUGUCCCUGAAGGUGUACGGCUCUGUGUAUCACAUCAAUCACAGGAACCCCUUCAACAUGGAGGUGUUGGUGGACUCCUGGCCCGACUAUCAGAUGGUUAUUAUCCGGCCUCAAAAACAGGAGAUGACAGACGACAUGGAUUCAUACACAAACAUAUAUCGUAUAUUCUCCAAAGAGCCUCAAAAAUCACAAGACGUUUUGAAAAAUUGUGAGAUCAUAAACUGGAAACAGAGACUCCGAAUCCAAGGUCUUCAAGAAAGUUCGGGUGAGGAGAAAAGAGCGGCUGCAUUUUCAAAUUCAGUGAAGGUAGAGCAUUCAAGAGCAGGCCUCUUUAUUACAGAAAAUUUCCUGAAACUCCAUGCCUCCAAUAAAAGCAAGCUUGGAAGCUGGGCAGAGACAGGCCAACCAGAUGAUGAAUUUGAGAGGAAAACUCCCAACUUUAAUUAUGCCCAGCUGGAUAUUUCUUAUUCCGGGCUGGUAAAUGACAAUUGGAAGCAAGGGAAGAAUGAGAGGAGCCUGCGUUACAUCAAGCGCUGCAUAGAAGUCCUGCCAGCAGCCUGUGUGCUCGGCCCAGAGGGGACCCCAAUCUCAUGGAUAACCAUGGACCCUUCUUGUGAAGUAGGAAUGGGCUACUGCAUGGAAAAAUACCGAAAAAAAGGCAACAUGGCACAGCUGCUGGUGCGACACCAGAAGUAUCUGUGUCAGAAGAAUAUACCAUUUUACGUCUCUGUACUGGAAGACAAUAAAGACUCCCACAGAUCAGUGGGGUUGGCGGGUUACUUUGAGGCCCCCUGUGAGUGGCACCAAUGGACCUGCUACCCACAGAAUCUAGUUCCAUUUUAGACAAUGAAGCUGCUUAGCAAUCUUGGGCAAGCCAUCUCUUAAUAUUAAAGCUUUCUUCACUUACAAAUGUUGAUUGGGCAUUUAUGAUACGGCAGGAACUCUCUCACAUGGAGACUUGAUAUUAAAAGACACAGCCGUGCUCUUGAGGAGCUCACAAUCCAGGCUGGAGGCAGGGGAGGGUAUAGUCUUUAAAUAUGCUUAAGCGUUGUAGGGAAGGACGGGGUUACCAGUAAACAUGUCACCAGAAAGCCAGGCUCAGUUCUUACCUCUGGGAAUCAGAACUCUUUAUGUAACUUGGUUGAUAGAAUCUACUAUCUGGAAGAUAAAUGAAGAACUUUAAUAAAAUUGUCAAUAGAAUAUA